UAAGCAUUUAUCGUUAUUACGCAAUGAAAGAACUACGAUAAUUAGGAGAUUUCCAAUUAAUAUCCAGUGCGUUCCAUGUUACGCUGCAUUGUAUAGCUACCAAAAUCAUGUAUCACUCUAAAAAACUUCAACUUGUAUUUAAAAAAAAUUUGUUAACCUCGAAGGCGCGUUCGUACUGCGAAACUACGCAACUGGCAAAAAUCGGCAAAAUACUCAUUGCAAAUAGAGGAGAAAUAGCGUGUCGAAUAUCACGGACAGCCAAACGAUUAGGAAUAAAAACUGUAGCGGUGUACAGCGAUGUAGAUAGAAACGCGAUGCACGUGGAUCUUGCCGAUGAAGCAUAUUGUAUCGGACCGGCACAGUCUAGUCAAAGUUACUUGAGACAAGAUAAAAUAAUAUCUGUUGCUAAACGAGCAAAAUGUCAAGCGAUACAUCCUGGGUAUGGUUUCCUUUCUGAAAAUGUAGAAUUUGCAGAACUUUGCCAAAAAGAGAAUAUAAUUUUUAUUGGACCUCCUGCAAAUGCGAUAAGAGAUAUGGGCAUAAAAAAUAAAUCGAAGGAAAUUAUGGCCAAAGCCGGUGUACCAGUCAUACCAGGCUAUCACGGAGACGAUCAAUCCAAUGAAACUUUGUUAUCAGAAGCCAAAAAGAUCGGUUAUCCAUUAAUGAUAAAAGCAAUACGCGGCGGAGGUGGUAAAGGUAUGAGAAUCGUUUUAAAUGAAAAUGAAUUUUUGAAUGCUCUGGAAUCCGCAAGAACUGAAUCACAAAAAGCAUUUGGAGAUUCAGCCGUUCUCUUAGAACGAUACGUUGACAAACCAAGGCACGUGGAAGUACAAAUAUUCGCGGACAAACACGGCAAUGCAGUUUAUUUAUUUGAGAGAGAUUGCUCCAUUCAAAGGAGACAUCAAAAAGUGAUCGAGGAAGCUCCAGCUCCUGGUAUAUCUCAAGAGCUACGAUUGGAAUUAGGCGAAACGGCUGUCCGUGCUGCAAAGGCUGUAGGUUACAUUGGAGCUGGUACUGUAGAAUUUAUAAUGGAUCGAACUAACCAUAAGUUCCAUUUCAUGGAAAUGAAUACGCGUCUCCAGGUAGAACAUCCUGUUACAGAAGUAAUUACAGGAUUAGAUCUUGUGGAGUGGCAAUUAAAAGUAGCCGCUGGUGGGGUGCUUCCUCUCAAACAAGAAAAAAUCCAUCUUCGUGGACAUGCUUUUGAAGCUAGAAUUUAUGCGGAAACUCCAAGAAAUAAUUUUCUACCUGGUGCAGGAAAUCUGUUUUAUUUGAGAACUCCCGAGACAUCGGAAACCGUUAGAGUCGAAACUGGCGUUAAGCAAAAUGACGACGUGCUGGUUCAUUAUGAUCCAAUGAUAGCUAAAUUAGUGGUUUGGGGAUCUGAUAGAAAUGAAGCACUUAGAAUUCUUAGAUCGAAACUUUGCGAAUACAACGUAACCGGACUUGAUACGAAUAUUGAAUUUAUUAAAGAUUUAUGCCUCCAUCCAGAUUUUCAAAACGGAGAAGUUCAUACGGGUUUCAUAGCAGAAAAUAGCAAAAAGUUAUUCCCAGAUUUACGUGUUCCUAACGAGACGUUAAUUCAGGGUGCCAUGGCACUAAUUUUAUACGAGGAAAUGAAUGCCUUAAGUAUAUCUUUAAAAACAAAUAAUCCUUUUAGUCCAUUUGCUACAGAAACUGGACUAAGACUUAAUCAUGUUUUAAAUAGAACAUUCAACUUUUCUGUUGACAAUAAGAAUAUGGAAGUGAAUGUAAAAUAUAUUGAGCCAGAAGUAUUUUCUAUGAGAACCAACAAUAUUGGACCAUGGAGGAGAGUAAUCGGUACAUUGAAAAAAAUAAAUAAUGCGUUAGAAUUAAAUACAGAGAUAGACGGAGUAAUUACGAAAGCAAGGGUUACAAAGCUUGGAAAUAGAUUGCACUUAUUUACUAAUACUCGAGAGUGGCAAUUGAAUAUAGCGAAUCCUAAAUUUCUAUCCGAACUCACGAAGAACGUAGAACUACAACCUUCCGCGGUGGUUAGUCCUAUGUCUGGUAUAAUAGAUAAAGUAUUUGUCAAAAGAGGUGAUAAAAUUGUACAAGGUGAUGCAUUAGUUGUUAUCGUUGCUAUGAAAAUGGAACAUCUAGUUAAAGCACCCGUGGACGGAAUUGUCGAGGACGUUUUCUGUACGGUUGGCGACAAAGUUUCGAAGGACGAAUUGGUCGUGAAACUAUCGGAGUAAAUUGCGCCAAUUUUGAACGUCGGAAUUGCGUCAGCUGAUCGAUGACGUAAUAAUCAGCGAAAAGAUGGAAGUGUGAACGACAUUAACUAGUGGACAACUCGAAUUUCACUGGUUUCCGAAGAAAUUCUGUUGCCUUAAGCUUUUUGUCCAAAAAAUUUCAUCGUUUUGUGGCGCCACUUCCGCCUUGGCAAUGCUACGAGUCGUCGCACACGUGAAUCCUAUAUAGCAAAGUUAAAUGAAGUAGCGGGAACGGAUCUCUGUUGCUUCGAUUAUAUGGUUCAUUUAUUAUUUAUUAUUUAUUUUUGUUAUAAAGUAUUCAUCGGGUUACGUAUAUCUUCUUAUCGUUAAAGAUAUAUUGCUCGUAUAAACUUUGACAUCGUCGUAUUAAGCUCUAAAAUUAAUGCUUUCAAGUGUCGGAACUAAUACAUAUCAGCAAAGGUCACCUUUCUGAUAACAUUAAGCACAUAUUAUUAUUGUUAUGCUCAAGAUGUGUGACUUGUGCAGUUAAAAAGUUAAUCCUUUUAAUUUAAUUCGUAUCCGGAAUGGAUCUGCCGGAAACACAAGUUUGUUACGAUUAUGAUGACAUACCGACUCAAAAGAUCGAACAGCCCGUAGGAAAGGAACAGAAUGUACAGG